GCCAGUCAGGAACUCCUCCCCGCAGACGGAGCGUUCGCUCGGCUACACAGCGCGAUGGUCUCGUGGAUUAUUUCCAGACUUGUGGUACUUGUAUUUGGGACACUAUACCCUGCAUACUCAUCGUAUAAGGCGGUAAAGUCGAAAGACGUUAAAGAAUAUGUAAAAUGGAUGAUGUAUUGGAUAAUAUUUGCCUUAUUUACCGCUGCAGAAGUAUUUACGGACAUGUUUCUAUGUUGGAUCCCCUUCUAUUAUGAGCUGAAGAUAGCCUUCGUGGUGUGGCUGCUGUCCCCAUACACAAAGGGAGCCAGCGUGCUCUACAGGAAAUUCGUUCAUCCCACGCUUUCCUCUAAAGAGAAGGACAUUGAUGAGUACCUCUGCCAGGCCAAGGACAAAAGCUAUGACACCCUGGUGCAUUUUGGGAGGAAAGGGUUGAACGUGGCAGCUGCGGCGGCCGUCAUGGCAGCGUCAAAGGGUCAGGGCGUCCUGUCUGAUAGGCUGAGGAGCUUCAGCAUGCAGGACCUGUCGUCCUGCCAGGCGGACCCAGACUCGGUCGACGGGGAACACGAGUCGGCGUCGCAGCACCGGGCGCGGUCCAUGAUGCGCAGCAAGUCAGAGAGUUACAGCAAAGGGCAGGAGGAUUUUGACAUGGCUGAAUAUGAGGUCUUGGAGCACUGUAGCACCGAGGAGCUGCAGUCCCAGACUCUCUGGCCCUCUAACCUCCAGGCUGAGCCUACCACCACUACCCCCUGGCCCUCUCCACCCUCUGCCUCCCCCACCCAGGGCCCUGCUCCCCAGAAACAGGAGGAGGGGGAGGACGUGGGGAGAGGGGUGCAGGUGGGGUCACGCUCACCCCAGCUAAAGCAGAUUAAGAAGAAGGCCCCGGAGCCUCCUCCUAAAGUCUUAAGGCCGCUCACAAGAUCCAGGAGUGCCCUUUCUUCACAAUGAAGCCAUGUGGAACCCGAGUCCAGACUUCUUCAGCUGCCUUCACUGCAAAACAAAAAAAUGUAAAACAAAUACAGAGGAAAAAUUGUGUAUGGCCAAAAGCUACAUAUAUUAAGCAGACUUGUUAUGGAGUAGGGUAACCAAAGUGACUUAAGACCCUUGUGUGUUUAUAAAUACCCUGAGGGACUUGCUUUUAGAAAAAAAAAAAAAAGGAGGUGUCUGAGACUGAUGCUGGUCACAAGAAUGGAUGAUUUUCAUGCCGACGGACAUCUGGAUUUUAUGUUGGUGGUUAUUGUGCUCUGUGUGUAUGUGUGUGUGUGUGUGUGUGUCUGUACAUCUCAUGUGAUUCGCAUCGCAUUUGUUUGGUUGUUUUUAUAUCAGUUGCAUGGUUGAUCUUCCUUGACCUUUGUCCACUGACUUGAUUGUCGCUGAUUAACAGAAAGUAUUGGUCGGAUGUCAUGUCAGAAAUGGUCAGUGACAAAGUCCCACCUGAAGAGUAGUGCGGUCCCAGUUAUGGAGUAGCUGCUGCAGAGACCCCCAGGUCAACCCGUUGCAAUGAACUGAUUCUGAUACCUGCUGACUUUAGAGAUCUCCACUACUAAGUGCUGCUCUACUUAAAUGUAAUCAGUAUGGAUACUAUUUUAGUUGGUCAAGCAGUGACAUGCCAAUGGGGUCUAAGGCAACCAGAUUAGUACUGGCGAUUGUCAACAGCCUUGAAAAGCUAAUUGGAAAAAACAUGUUCCAUACUUCCACUCUGGGCUGCAGUAUUUUUAUCUAAUUGCACUCGUUAUAUGAUUACAAAUAUUGUCCUUAAUAUGAAGGAAGAGACUAAAUGGAUGGCAAGAAAUGGCUGGUCGUCUCAACCGAUAAAUGCACCAUUAUAUCUGUGUAUUACAUGUGUUUAUUAAAUGCAUAAUAGCAAUGUUAAAAGUAUGUGUUAAAAGAUCUGUGAAACUGUUUUGAGUAGUAAUUCAAAUCAGAUUCACACUUUGUCAAAUCUAAUCACAAUUUCUGUUAUUUUUCUGAUUUAAAAUUAAGAUUUGUAUGAACAGUUGGAAAACGGUUUAUGUAUACAUCAAAAAGAUUUACUAUAUGUAUAUAUCAAAGAUAUAUGAACAUCCUUCAUUAAGAAACACUGUGUUACAAGUCACCGAGCAAUUAAAAACCCAUGGGUCUUCUAUUAAUUUUAUGAACACAAGAUCACACAAAUAUUUGUAUCGUUUGGUAGGUUUCCGAUUACUUUUCGAUGGUUCAAAUUGUGUAUUUCUUUUUUCUAGUGAGAGGUGAUCUGUUUGGCUCCUGAUGUCGCACUGCUGAAUUUAGUUGAUUAACCUCUGGCUAAAUGGUUUUACACUCUCUGACGAAUGAGUCUGUCCAAGAUGGCAGGAUUUUAAUCAAGCAAUCCUGUCAUUUACUGUAUCUUAUCGAGGCGGUUGGAAGUUUGAAACAAAAGCUUCUCAGGUACCACUGUUCUGUUUACACCAUGAUUUACUCUAAUGUCGUAGAGCUGUUAUGCACACACAAUUUCUUUCCAUAGCUCAAUGGUGGAAACUGCAGGUCUUUUCUGUGUUCAAGAAGCUCUGAAAUCUGUUGCAUUAGUCGUCUUUUUCCUAUAAUCAAGAAAUUCAUAAAGUAAAACAAAAUAACUAGAUCAUUGCUAUGAACCAGAUUUGUAUACAUCUGAAUCAUAUGCAUUUAUCAUUGCAUGAUUAUUUGUUUAAGUGAAAAAGUGUGAACCUGUUUUUGGCCUUAUCACGCAUUACUGAUAGACAUUUUGUAAUCAUUUAAUUUAGUGUUUUCUGGAAUAAAUGUAUACAUCUUAUUUAACAUAUAUAUAAACAACAUAGCAUACAAUCUUUUCUGGCAGGCCAGAAUGUCAGCAGUCUUUAAAACUAAAGGACUCUAAAGGAGUAAUGUGCAUGGCUAUCCAUUUAUUGUUACGCUUCUGUUGUUGAAUUGACAUACAGCCAUUAAAUAUGACAACUGAACCUGUUUGUGUAUUAAUCCAUG